AUGUCUCAUCACAAAGCAGCAGCGUCCGGAGAGCAAGACCAAGAUGAGCAUAUAGAGUCUGUUGACAAUUCUACUCGUCAGGACAGGGAGAACAUAGUUGGGCCUGGACAUGAUAGAGCCCUAGACCUUAUAGCAGAUGCAGGACACUCAUCUGUCCUCACAGCUGAGAACAACGCCCGAGUGCUUCGAAAGAUCGACCUGAGGCUUUUACCCAUUCUUCUUGGGAUAUAUUUCUUGCAGCAACUCGACAAGUCGAGUCUUUCAUAUGCAUCCAUUUUGGUCUCGUCGAGACAGCUAACCUCCAUGGACAGCAUCAAAGUUCCAAUUGGAAAGUUUCUGGCAUGCACAACCCUUUGCUGGGGCAUAGCCCUGACCUGUAUGACCCCGGCAAAUACCUUUGCGGGCUUGUUGGUCUGCCGGAUGUUUUUGGGACUCUUUGAAGCCGGUAUACCUGCUUGUUUCAUUGCGGUAACGCAAAUGUGGUAUCGGCGAAUUGAACAACCAGUCCGACUUGGCUCAUGGUAUGCUAUGAACGGUGUGGUGUACAUGUUUGGUAGUCUGCUCUCGUAUGGUCUGGGCCAUAUAAAGUCCUCGGUUUUUGAGCCCUAUCAGAUUAUCUUCUUAUUCUUCGGUCUCAUAACGAUUGCUUUCUCUGGUCUUAUCCUGUUGUUUAUGCCCGACUCGCCGAUUCAAUCCAAGUUUCUUACCGAGGAAGACAAGCUUUUAGCUAUCGAAAGAUUACGCAUGAACCAACAAGGUAUUGAGACGCAUGAAUGGAAGUGGGACCAUGUCAAAGAGGCUUGUCUCGACAUAAAGUCCUUUUUCUGGUUUGCCCUGAUGUUUGCAGUAUCGAUUCCCAGCGGUGGUAUCUCGACAUUUGGCCCAUUGAUCAUCGAGGCGUUCGGUUUCGACCAAUUUGAAACAAUCCUAUUCAACAUACCGUUUGGUGCUGUCCAGCUCGUAGCAACAAUGGGGGGAGCGUGGCUAGCGACUAAACUAAAAAUGAAGGGACCUGUUAUAGCCCUUUUAUCUUUACCUGCCAUUGCAGGUUGCGUCAUGCUGCUGGAGCUUCCUCGUGAUGGCCAUCACAAUGGGGCAUUGCUUGCGGGAUAUUACAUCAUCUCUGUGUAUCCUGGAAUUACGCCCAUGGUCUAUUCGUGGUCUGCAGGAAACACCGCAGGUGAGACGAAGAAAAAGAUUGUGAAUGGCAUAGUCCUUGUUGGACAAUGUGCCGGUAAUGUUCUUGGCUCAAAUCUGUACACAACCACAGAUGCGCCCUUAUAUAGACGUGGUUUACUAUCCAACCUUGCAAUGUUCUGUCUCCUCGUCUUGCUUCCCAUGAUGAAUAUGGCAUACCUGUAUUUCCUCAACAAGCAGCAUGAGAAGAAACGAGUGAGUAUGGGUAAGAGUGCAAAGAUUAUCGACCAUUCGAUGCAAGCUGUUGGUUCAGUGCCAGUGGACAAAACCGAGCCUCAGCAGCCCGCAGUGAGCGAAGACAACGCGUUCAAAGAUCUCACGGACUGGGAGAACGAAGACUUUAUCUACGUUUACUGA